AUGGAAGUGAUAGAGCCAGAUUUGAACCUGACUCAUCGUGAGAUUAUAGACUUGGUCUCUGACGAAGAGAGUGAGAAUGAGUCGGUCCAUAAUAGAGCUGAGGCGCCAAAUGUACUGAUAAACAUCGAUGAUAGUGAUGAUGAUGAUGGUAAUGGUAAUGAUAAUGAUAAGGAUGAUAGGGGUGAUAGGGGUGAUAGGGGUGAAAGAGAUGGUAGAGAUGAGGAUGAUGACGACGAUAUAAUUAUCCUAAGUGAAGGCGAGGCCGAGAAAAUGGUAUUCAAAUCCUCGUCAUUUGACUCAACACCACCGAGGGAAGAUUAUACAUGGCCAAAACCGCUGCUGUAUAGGUGGGAUGAGACGAACCGCUCCUCAUCCCCACCACUGUCGUUUGCCAUUACGGCAAACCACGCAGGAACUAAACCAGAAUCGGCGCAUUCCAGCGGCGCAAGUCAAAGUCAAACUAAACCAGAAUCGGUGCAUUCCAGCGGCGCAAGUCAAAGUCUAUUGCCUGGCUCGUCCUACGUACCUCCUCAAGUCUACAAUGAUCUUGUAUCACUGCAAAGGGAAAUUUUGAAAAAACGCGAACAUGAAAGACUCCUCGAGAUUAAUAGAUUGAUAGAUACAAAAAGGAUGAUAAGUGCCCAGAUGCAACUCCACCAGACCCAAUUCGAUAGUCUGUCACAAAAGAAUCAGGUGCUACAGGUUGAAUUGAAUCGCGCUAUGAGCAUGGGAAAUCACACAAUGGUAAAUGACCUUCGAAGAAUGAUUGCAAAAGUACAACAUUCAAUGGAAGGCCCAAGAACACAUAUCAAUACGCUUCAGAGACAGCUACUAGUUGUUGAGUCAUCACUAUCAAGGAAGCAGAAUGAAUUAAGCGAGAUAACAACGAAACUCAGAAAUAUAGGACAUGCUUAUAAUGCAUUGUUUAAUCCGUAUGAGGCUGAAAUAAACAGAGAUUUCCAGGAGUUGGAAGAUUCCGAUUCGAGAGUACAAGACGUAGACUUGCAGAUUCUACUUGACAACAUUCGGCCAGAUGAAUCUACAGAGGAAGAAGGAUUGGAGCCGACUCCUCCUGAAAUGGCAGUGAAUUUGUUGAAACAUCAAAGAAUCGGAUUGCUGUGGUUGAAACGUAUGGAACUGUCCAAAACAAAAGGUGGUAUUUUGGCCGAUGAUAUGGGAUUGGGGAAGACCAUCCAAAUUCUUGCUUUGAUUGUUGCCAACAAGUCUCAGAACCCAUUAAAAAAAACUACUUUGAUCGUUGCACCUGUAUCCUUAUUGAGACAAUGGAUGGCUGAAAUACAGUCCAAGACACAUCCACAUUGCGAAUUGAAGGUAGGGAUUUAUCACGGUGACGAGAGAAAGUCAUUGUCAUCUUUUACAGUUUUGAAAAAAUUUGACAUUGUGCUAACAUCUUAUGGAACCCUUUCAUCUGAGUGGAAAAAGCACUUUGCUGAAGAGCUUCAAGAAAACAAAGAUGAGGGUAAAAAGUAUUACCCUCGGGAAGAAGACGGCGGAAAAAGUUAUGUAUCGCCCUUUUUUGAUUCAAAUUCUCAUUUUUACCGAAUUGUUUUGGAUGAAGCACAGAAUAUCAAGAAUAAACUUACAGUUGCAUCAAAGGCUGUCAAUUACUUGAAAGGCGAGUAUCGCUUUUGUUUAUCAGGAACACCUAUGCAAAACAGUAUUGAAGAAUUAUACCCAAUCAUUAGAUUUUUGAAGAUUAGACCUUAUUUUAUCGAACAGAAAUUUAGAGUGGAAAUCGUUCUUCCAAUCAAAUCCAAUUCCGAUAAUUACAAUGAAAUUGAUAGAAGCAAAGGUAUGAAAAAAUUGAGGGCUCUAUUAAGCUCCAUUUUGUUACGAAGGAACAAGAAUACCAUGAUAGAUGGAAAACCACUUUUACAGUUACCAGAGAAACAUAUUGUUUCCAACUAUGUCGAGCUUGAGGGUGACGAGAUGCUAUAUUAUAAAGGAGUGGAACAGGGGGUGCAGACAUUGGCAAAGAAAAUGCUUAGUAGUAGUGACCAUAGUCAUAGCAAUGUCCUUACACUUUUGCUAAGACUUCGACAGGCUUGUUGUCACUCUUAUUUAGUGGAAAUUGGGAAACUAAAAACAGAGCAGAAGCUAAAGGAGGAAGAUAUGGGCUACAAGUUGGACUUGAGGAAACAACUUCGAUCAGCAUACAGUUUAAAGGAAAACGUAAAGAAUAUUGUAAAGGAACGAAUAUGUUCCAGCAGUAACGGUCAGCUAGCUUGUCCGGUUUGUUUUGACACAGUAGAUGAGGAAAGCAAAUUGGUUUUGUUUAGUGAAUGUGGGCAUCUUAUUUGUCACGCUUGCAUUGAUACUUUUUUUGACAAUAAUCUUGUUGAAGAAGAAAAAACGAGUGCCCGGAUCGCUGAAUGCUUAGAGUGUAAAACACGUGUGAGGGAGACCAAUCUUUGCGAUUACGCGAUAUUUGAGAAACUUUACAUCAAGCAAUUAGAUAUUGAGGAAGUUGAGAAUUACUGCAGAAGCCAGUAUAAUCGGAAACAAAUUUCAAAUAUGAGUGUGAUAAAAGAGUUGACUACUAGAGAUGAGGGAUUUGAGCCCUCUGCAAAAAUCGAGAAAAGUAUUGAGUUGAUAAACCAAAUUCACAAGUCUAAUCCUAGGCAAAAGAUAAUUAUAUUCUCCCAAUUCACGACUUUGUUUGAUUUGAUGAAACUUGUUUUAGACCAUGAAAAAAUACCGCAUUUGAGAUAUGAUGGAUCUAUGUCGAUUGAGACCAAGAAUAGCGUAAUUAAGAAGUUUUACCAAUCGGACAAUGAUAACGUUUUGUUGUUAUCCUUGCGUGCAGGUAACGUGGGUUUAACAUUGACGUGCGCCAACCAUGUUGUUAUCAUGGAUCCUUUUUGGAAUCCGUUUGUAGAAGAGCAAGCGAUGGAUAGAGCACAUCGUAUUGGCCAAGAAAGAGAGGUGUAUGUCCAUAGGAUACUAAUAGCUAAUACAGUGGAGAGUAGAAUAAUGGAAUUGCAAAAGAGGAAAAAAGAAUUGAUUGGCGAUGCAUUGGAUGAGACUGAAAUGAAGUCCAUAUCCAAAUUGGGAAGAAGAGAGCUUGGUUUCUUGUUUGGAUUAAAUCAGCUUCAUUAG